AUGGAACAACACAUAAAGUGUGGCACUGCAGCACGUGCAAGUGCAAGUGUACGGAACAUCGUGAACUCGAACUUGGAAAAAUGCGCGUCGGAUGACAAGAACAGGACGUAUUGUGACGUUGAAGCUGUUGGAUUGUGGGAUUGCUCUGUGAUCUGCAAUCUGGAAUUGUUGAAUGAUUCAGUGGUUCUAUUACUGCUGCAACAACCAGAAGCACCGGUACUCAACACUGAGGCAUUGUGGCCAAUCGGAGUUCCACAACACAAUAUCAUUUAUUCAGUGGCACUCGAGCCACUAAACUUUGCAGUAGUAAGGCAACAGAAGUGCCACAAAAUCUCAGCAGCCUUGUUCGGUUGGACGUCGUGUGAUUUAACAGGUAUGGUAAAGCAGCCGGUACUGACUGUGAUGCAGCGACCUAGUUCAAAUGCAGACGUCUCCGCCUAUCACAAGAAAGAAUUGUGA